CAUUUACUUCGUUCUCUACUUUCUUGCCCACUGCUUCUGCUUCCCUUCUAUCAUUUUUCCAUAUCACCUGUUUUCUCUUUUUUCUCAUCUCUCCCCCCAACUCUUGUCAAAUGAUAGAGAGGAAACAUGACAGUAAAUCAAGCCAAGUGAUAAAAGUUUCAGCCUGCUGUUACUCACCUCUAUUGAUAGGAGAUGGGAAAGAAAGGGAGUGGAUGGUUCUCCACGGUGAAGAAAGUGUUCAAGUCUUCAUCUAAGGACUUGCCCGAGAAAAAGAAAGAGAGUGUUGAGAAAUGGCCGAAUGAGGCCCCGGAAGUAGUGUCAUUUGAACAUUUUCCGGCAGAGAGUUCACCAGACAUCACUAAAGAUGAGAGUGAAACGUCAACUCCGAACAAAGAUAGUGACCACGCCAUUGCUGUGGCCUUGGCAACCGCUGCUGCUGCAGAAGCUGCUGUUGCUGCUGCUCAAGCAGCGGCUAAAGUUGUUCGAUUGGCUGGUUAUGGACGCCACUCUAUGGAAGAAAGAGCUGCAACUCUUAUACAGUCGUAUUACAGAGGCUACCUGGCUCGGAGAGCUUUGCGAGCUUUGAAGGGAUUGGUGAGAUUACAGGCACUAGUGAGAGGCUAUAAUGUGCGGAAGCAAGCACAAAACACAAUGCGGUGCAUGCAAGCAUUGGUACGGGUGCAGGCAAGAGUUCGAGCUCGUAGGUUGCAACUAACUCAAGAGAAGCUUCAAAAGAGAGUGGAUGAUGACGAAGACGAUAACGAAGAAGAAAAAAGGGGAAUUGAAGAACUCAAACUUGAACGAAAGCCGAAGAGUCCGUUGAACAAAUAUGACAGUUGGGACGGUGAGAAUGUCAAUGGAUGUGCUUCAAAGAAACAUGAUGCUGUUAUGAGAAGAGAACGAGCCCUUGCUUAUGCCUAUAGCUAUCAGGAGGAACAACGGCAACAUCAUGAACAACUCCUUGUGCAACCACAGCACAAUGGCAAGGAUGUUGGAGUGUAUCUCAAUGAACGUGAGAAAGCGCAAUGGGGUUGGAACUGGCUCGAGUGUUGGAUGUCGCCGCAACCAUACCCUGCCCGUCAAUUGGGAUUACAAGAGGGUGCUUACUUGGCUCUACCCCGCGCUACUACAACCACCGAUAACAUGUUGGAGAAGACUGUUGAAAUGGACGUUGUGACACCAAUAAAAUCUGGCUCAUACCUAACUCAGCAGCAGCUGCAAUCAGACUCUAGUAGUGUCCCUAGCUAUAUGGUCACUACCCAAUCUGUCAAGGCCAAAGGGCGAAGUCAAGGCUCAGCCAAGCAGCAACGUGGAGCUUAUGUACCCGAAUGGAAUUCAUCGACGAAGAAAGCCUCAGGUUGUGAUUCCUCAAGUUCGGGUGGGGGACCAACAAUCUACCAGGCCCCAAGAAGCCCUGGCCCGAAGAGUAAUGGUGCCCGUGUACCGUCUAGACGUCUAAGAGGCUGUAGUCCUGAUGCUGGCGCUGGUGGAGAGGAUUGCAGGUUGCCUGUUGGAAGUCGGGGAUGGUGAAUGAAUGACUUCGAUUGAUUGUGUUUUAGGACUUCCUCUAUAAGUGUGAAAUUAACUCUUCUUAAAUGUAAACAUGGUUAAACCCCAUGUGUAGGCCUUAUGGUCAGGAUAUUUACCAUUAUAAAUGUGAUUUGGGUUUGAGUUGCACUGAUCA